AUGGGUGUAGAUCUGGCUAUUGAUCUUUUAGAAAAUAAAGAUGUCUAUGCAAUUCUGGGGCCGCAAACGUCUGAAGAGGCCGAGUUUCUGGUUCAUCUAGGAGACAAAGCUAGAGUGCCCAUAGUUACCUUUUCUGUGACCACUCCCUUCCUUUCUCAGGAGAAAACUCCAUACCUUGUCCGUGUAGCAAUCAAUGAUAAAGCUCAGGUAAAAGCUAUUGCUGCAAUUGUUCAAGCAUUCAGAUGGAGGCAGGUGACUCUCAUACAUGAAGAUUCGAAUUAUGGAAAUGGAGUCAUACCAUACCUAAUUGGCGCCUUUGAGGAGAUUGAUUCACGUGUCCCGCAUAGAAGUGUCAUUUCUCUGAGAGCUACUGAUGACCAGAUUACUAUUGAGCUCCAAAAACUGAUGACAAUGUCCACCAGAGUAUUUGUGGUGCACAUGUCUUCCUCCCUUGCUUCGCGAUUUUUCUUAAAAGCAAAAGAAUUGGGGAUGAUGAGUAAAGGGUAUGCCUGGAUUAUAACCGAUGGGAUAACGAGUAUCUUGAAUUCAAUGGAUCCGUCAGUCAUUGAUUCAAUGCAAGGGUUAAUAGGCCUAAGGCCUUAUAUUCCACCUUCAGAAGAGCUUAACAAUUUCACUGUGAAAUUGAAAAACAAAUUUCCCAAGGACAAUCGAAGCCCUAUAUUGAAUGAAUUAAAUAUAUUUUGUUUGUGGGCAUACGAUGCAGUCUGGGCUCUAGCAAGAGCAUCUGAAGAAAUCAGCCCCAGAAAGUCCCAACCUGAGAAACUGAAAUCUUUGAGUAAGUUUACAAACCUAGCUUCCAUUUCAGUAUCACAAACUGGCUCAAAGAUUCUCAAAGCUGUUUUGCAAAGUAAAUUUAAUGGUUUGAGUGGCAAGUUUCAGCUUAAGGAUGGACAGUUGGAACCAGUGGCAUUCCAACUAGUAAAUGUAGUUGGAAAUGCGGUCAAGGGAAUUGGAUUUUGGACACCAAAACAUGGAAUUUCACGAGAACUUAACCUGUCAGAUAGCCAGCUCUAUUCAACAUCUGCGAACGGUCUUCAACCUACCAUCUGGCCUGGACUAUCUGCUGUUACCCCAAAAGGUUGGACAAUGCCAGUGAGUGGAAAGAAAUUGAGAAUUGGAGUUCCAGUGAAAGAUGGUUUUACUGAAUUAGUGAAGGUGGAUCGCGAUCCGCAAACUGGUGCAGUUUCUGUAUCUGGCUUCUGCAUAGAUGUGUUCAAGGCUGCAGUUGAAAAUUUACCUUAUGCAUUAACUUAUGAGUUCAUCCCCUUUGACAAUUCUAAUGGAAGCAGUGCACUAACCUACACUGACCUUGUAUUCCAAGUCUAUCUCCAGGUUUUUGAUGCAGUGGUGGGGGACGUUACAAUCACAUCAAACCGAUCUUUGUAUGUGGACUUUACUUUGCCUUAUACAGAGUUAGGUGUGGGCAUGGUGGUGCCUAUUGAGAUUGGAAAGGCCAAGAACAUGUGGAUCUUUUUGGAGCCUUUGACAGUGGACCUUUGGCUUGUUAGUGGUGUUUUUUUCAUUUUGACAGGGUGUAUUGUUUGGUUCAUAGAAUGCAAAAUCAAUGAUGAGUUUAAGGGUUCAAGGGCUCAACAAGUUGGAAUGAUAUUCUGGGGAAAAGUUGAUAAGCAACUUGUCCAAGUUUGUGGUGAUUGUAUGGCUAUUUACUGUGCUCAUACUAACUUCAAGUUACACUGCAAGUUUGAGUUCAAUGCUAGCUGUCAAUCGACUUCAAAUGCUUCGGAAAGGGAGUUUUAUAGGUUAUCAAAAGGGAUCAUUAGCCAGAGAACCUAUGCUCAUGCCCUAACAGAAGGAAGUAAAAAGGGUGGAGUUUCUGCUAUCAUUGAUGAGAUACCUUACAUUAAGCUCUUUCUUGCACAAUAUGGUGACCAGUACACCAUGAUCGAACACGAAUAUCUUACCACCAAUGGAUUUGGCUUUGCUUUUCCAAAAGGGUCCCCUUUGGUCCCUGAUAUUUCAUGGGCAAUAGCAAAGCUAAGAGAAGAUGUAUUUGAUCCAACUUAUGAUGAAAAUGUGUGCAAGAGGGAGUGGAGAUCAAAAUCACUGACAACUGUUUCUGGAGAGUAUGACUCCAAGGCCAACCAUUGA